AUGGCCAAAAACCCGACAGAAGCUCCUGCCCCUCGUCCUCUCCUUAGAGGCAAUGUUACUCUUGAAGAUGCUCUUUCAGAAGAGGACGACAUACUUCAUCAGCUCACGUACCCUGAUAAACGGUUCGGGUUGUAUAAGUGGCUACAUAGCCAUGUAAAAGAUAUCAAAGAUACUAUUUCGUUCCAUCUGGGUUUAUCUUCACCAGAGCAAUGCCGGGUUGGGGAGGUGAGGGAGUGGGUUCAUGGAAGUUUCAACCUUUGCAUACCUGUCUACAUUGACAAUUGGAUCAAAGGGCCAGGGAAACGGGUAAUUAUUCGGUUUCCACUGCCGUAUAAAGUUGGAGAGUCAACUUAUCCCGGUAACGCAGAAGAGAAACUGCGCUGCGAAAUCGCUACGUAUAUAUGGCUACAGGAAAAUUGUCCUGAUGUUCCAAUACCCAAAUUAUGGGGCUUUGCGUUCGUUAACGGACAGACGUUCGUUGACCCCGAUAAUGUGCCUUGGAUUACCUGGUUUGGCUGGUAUUUCCGCCGUUAUAUCUCGCGACUAUUUGGAUAUCCACUGCCUUGUAGCUAUAUAACUAGCUCUCGGAACAACGUUUUGAAGCAUGGAUACAUCCUCAUAGACUUUAUAGACGACCCCGGUGUGGGGAUGCUGUCCAUUACCUGGGAGAAACAACGUUUUGAUGACGGUAAAAGGCGAACCUUGUUCAGGGACCUUUCCCGUAUCAUGCUUUCACUGAGCCGUAUACCCCAACCUUGCAUUGGAUCUUGGACAUUAGACUCAAAGGGCUACAUCCAGCUAGCAAACCGCCCACUCACUCUUCGUCUACAUGAAUUUGAGAAUUUGGGUAUACCCACAAAUAUUGACAGAAAGUCAACAUAUAUCACAUCCGACUCAUAUUACCGUGAUACGCUGUCGUACCAUGACAACCGUAUACGGUAUCAGCCGAAUUCCAUGAACGAUGAAAAUGACGGACGUGCUCAGUUGGCGACCCUUACUGUUAUGCGAACUAUACUUUCCGACUAUACAAGCCGGGGUCUUCGCCACGGGCCCUUUUUCUUCCAGCUGACGGACCUUCACCAAAGCAAUAUAUUUGUCGACCAAGACUGGCGUAUAAAAUACCUGAUUGACCUUGAGUGGGCAUGUUCUCUGCCUGUAGAGCAUCUCUAUCCGCCAUGGUGGAUGUCUGGGCGUUUUGUGGAUGGAAUUAGUGGUGAGCAUCUCGAUACUUUCAGCAAAACCUACCAAGAGUUCACGGAUAUCUUCGAGGAGGAGGAGAGAACACUUGCUCCUUUUAAUAGGGUUGAGCUGCACCGCGCAAGUAUCAUGAAAAAAGGCCUAAGAACCGGCACCUUUUGGUAUUUGCAAGCUCUUAAUAGCCCCAAAGGGCUUUUCAAUAUCUUUUACCAACAUAUUCAAUCAUCCUUCGCACAGUCUCAUCGCAGCGGUUCAGAGUUUCCGGAUACUGUGUCCAAAUAUUGGGCCACUGAUGCAGACGAGGUUAUCGCUACAAAGGUUAAAGAAAAGGCAAUAUACGAUAACAAAAUACGGAAACUAUUUCAACAACCUAUCAAGAAAUAA